UCAUGCAAGGAAGCAUGAGGACCAUAGACAUUAUGUGCUUUCAUGGUAGCGCGCGAAAAAUCCCUUUAACAGCAUCAGUCACGCUCUCCGACAAGUCCGAGCAUACGCCUGGCGUUGAUUUUGUCCUGGCUGUGCGUUGCCUGAGCUAGUUUAGUUACGCAAAGAUAAUCUGUUGCCUUGCGGCUAUGGCGGCUAUACCUAAAGUUAAAACAGGUCGCGGUUCAAAGCGAAAGGCAGAGAAUCAUGAUCUAAAAGAAGAUACACCCUCUUUGGACAACAAAAAAGAAAAACCUGAAGAUGCAGAGAUUAAAGAAGAAGGCCAAAAAAUUGUCAUUGAACACUGUAAAAGCUGACGAGUGUACGGUCGGAAUGCUGACGCGGUGAAGUCGGCAAUUCAGGCUGCACAUCCCGAUAUGUGUGUGGAACUGAACCCCCAGAAACCUCGUCGUAACAGUUUUGAGAUCAACCUGGUGGAUGCUGGCAAGGAAACCUGUCUGUGGACUGGCAUUAAGAAGGGUCCUCCUCGCAAACUGAAGUUUCCUGACCCUGAAGAAGUCAUGUCUGCCCUGAAGGAGGCACUAGACAGUGAAUAGAGACCAAUGAGUUACUAAUCUGGUUCUGAGCACCUGCAUGCGUAAUGAUGGGGAAUGACCAAAAGGAUGCCUUCCGAGUCUCUCCCUUGAUAACCCUGCUGCAGUGUUUGGAACCGAUGAGCAUUUCACAUUUGGUCGUCAAACUGAUUUUCUCUUCACUGGUUUGUACUGCUGCUGUCUGCUAAAUCGUUUCCGGCUUAGUUCUGUAAUAGACUUGACUGUUCUCCUUGAUAAUGAGUGGGGUUAAAACUCCUCAUUAAGUUCUUUUAACCUCCGUAGUAAGUUUGUAACAGUGCUGAAUUUCUCCCGUAUAACAUGUGACUGAAAGUGUUUUACAUUUAAUAAAUCAAAUGUUCAC